CAAAUUUACACACAUUCUAUGCAUACAGAAAUGGAAUAUUUUUCUUAAUAUAUGGUGUUGUAAGAAUGUAAUAAGUGAUAUUAUAUAUCGCAUGAAAAUAAUAUUAUAUACGGCAACGUCACUUCGUUAAACAUUACAUUUUCUCACAAUGGAACCCUAAAUCUAUAUUACAUUUUAAUAUAUGUUUCACAUGUAACUAUUGUACUUAACAAAUAUUACAAAAUUCAAAUGACCAAAGUUCAGUAUGAUGAAAUAAUUACUCACUUGUAUAUAAUAAUAAACUAACCUGUAUAUGUAUACUUUUCGUUAAUAAUAACGGAAAGAAGUGCCUAUUUACUUGCAUUAUGUGAUCACCUAUUGCACAAAACAGUAUGAUUAGCAAUAGAUAGAUAAAAUCAUAUUUUACAAGUCAUUGCGUGAAUUCGACCUUAGAUUCGAAUAAGUAGAUUUGAGUGUGAUCUAACUUAAACAUAAUUCAAUCUAUUUUUGAAAAUAUCGAAGAUAAUUCUAAUAACGAAACAUGAAACCCCUAACUGAUUUGCCAUUAAUAUCAAAAUUAUCAUCAAGAGUGAUAAGAAUUUUAGGAUGUAACAGAGGGUCUAUGACGUUACAAGGUACAAAUACAUAUCUUGUUGGUACUGGUGCCAGACGUAUACUAAUCGAUGCAGGUGAAGAAAAAACUGCCAAUGAAUAUGUAAAACUGUUGCAAGAAGUCUUAAAAAAAGAAAAUGCAACUAUUGAACAUCUACUAAUUACGCAUUAUCACCAUGACCAUUUAGGAGGAGUGAAUUAUGUGUUGAACAUGUUGAAAGCGCUUGAUGUCGGAGGAUCUUCCAGCACUGUAUGGAAAUUACCAAGAGCUUUAGAAGAUACAGGAACCACUGAUCUUGAAGCAAAAGUUCAGUGGCAAGCUUUGAAAGAUAAACAAAUAGUGGAAGUAGAGGGUGCAAAAAUUUGUGUUGAGUACACUCCAGGACAUACAACCGAUCAUGUUUGCUUUAUGCUUGAAAAUGAAGAAAUAUUAUUUAGUGGAGAUUGUGUUCUUGGAGAAGGUACUACUAUAUUUGAAGAUUUAUAUACCUAUCUAACUUCCCUAAAAAAAAUGUUGGCAAUGAAGCCAAAAAUGAUUUAUCCAGGUCAUGGACCUGUGAUAAAAGAUCCAGAAACUGUAAUUAACCAUUACAUUAACCACAGAUUAAAAAGGGAGAAUGAAAUUUUAGAUGUCCUCCAACAAAAUACGAAAGAUAUUACAUUGUCUGAAACGGAUAUUGUAAAACAUUUGUACACGAAUAUUUCUCAAGAUUUAUUGCAAGUAGCAGCCUAUGGUGUAUGGCGUCAUCUUGAAAAAUUAUUAAAAGAAGGUAGAGUGAAAGGCGAGAAAGGAAAAUGGCAAAGUAUAUAACAUAAAAUGAUUUUAGCAAGUUAUUUAAUUUAAAAUCUUAAAUUGUUAAAUUAAUCCGUAUUAUUUGUAAAUAUUGUACAAAAUGGAUAAAAUAUAAUAUACUAUUGUUUCAUAGUUUAUUUGUAG